ACAUCUCACACUGAAACUAUGUAUGGAACUCGCCACAAGAACGAACGUGAUUGGAUGCAGCAGUUUUGCGAGGACAUAGUUCUCUGUGAGUGUUGACUUCUCGUGUAUCCAUAAAAAGACUAUUCGUUCCUGUUGAAAUCAAAGCUACCAGAGCAAUGCACCCCCCGCUCUAAACUCUUCCCCGACUGUCUGUACAACCCUUUCGUUUUUCGUCGCAAUGGUCGUCGCCAGAUUGCCCUUGGUCAUCUUUGCAGUCAGUGGAAAGCUACUGACAGCAUCUGUAUACAUCCUAUUUGUGCUGAUUGACCCAUCUGCAGUGUACUGGGCCUUUGGUUCCCCGUCCACAAUUCUCUUCGUGUUGGGCGCUGAUUUUGUGUAUGCCCCUGGUACAAUUUUCAUCGCCAAAAUUGCGCUGCACCAUGAGCAAAGCAUUACCGAAGCGCUCUUCCAAACUAUGACACAGGGAUAUAUCGGCACCGCAUCCGGUCUUAUUGUAUCCACGAUCGUGUUCAACACUGUAUUCCACAAGAAAUCUACCGAACUUGGUGUCACUGUCAACUCAAGUGGCACUAACGUGCUGCAGUCCGCAGAGCUGGAGGGGUAUAGAUCUCAAUGGACCUUUACUGCGUUUGCGCUUAGGGGUGAGCUCGUGCUGCUAGCAGCGCUUUUCCUCCACGGCGUGAGGAUUGUCAGGCACAAGAAUAUUUAUCAGGUGUGUCGACUCUGAUCGACCAUGGCGGUACAGCCCGGAUCCAGUGAUGCCCAAUUACCCCUACACCCGUCUAACCAAGAUAUCCUGAACCCCCGUGCCCUACGACAAGGAUUUAGAACGUGGAAAGAAAUAU